GUAUGGCGGCGCACCAGUCCUAGGGGCCCAAUAUCUGGGAGCCCCCCUACCCCGACCACCGCUUUUCAGCGCUCCCCUUUACACCUCCACACCUCCGUUCCACUCUCUCCUGGCUGGUCUGGCACCCCCUCCGCGACAAUCCCCAGAUCCCCCUGUAUCACCACCUAUAUCCCCUGGAAGCGAAUCACCGCCAACCACACAGGGUUCAGCUCCCGAGGUUGAACGAAGGAGCUCGAGUAUUGCAGCUCUCCGAAUGGCGGCCAGAGAGCACGAGUUAAGAUUAGAAAUGUUAAGGCAAAGACAUCACAGUGACUUGAUUAGUUGA